UGAAUGAGAUUACCGAGUGUGAAUGUAAUCAAAUAAAUACAAGGUAAAAUACACACUAACACCAUUCUGACUCUUGACUGCUAAUCGAGGAAGGCGCAUUUAUCGGUUCAACUUUUGGAAAUUACCUUUGUCACUAUUUGUACUACGAUAAGGUUCUCAGCAAUCAUAGUUUACCGCAAUGCAGAUCCCUGUCGAGAUACACGAGCCCGACUUCAGCAGGGCCAUCGCCUCCGUCAUCUGGGCUCGACAUCGUCGACAACCAACCUUGAACAUCUUUAACUGCCAUGUCUCGAACUGUCCCCUCUGCCAGGCUACAAGAGCUCCUGAUAGGUCUCCGGUGGAGUGCAAGAGGGCGUCACAAGCGCAGGAGGUGAAGGCCCCUGGAACUGAUCAACCCUCAGUCGUCAACUGGUUGAUACCGUCGUCGACGCCCACGCCGAGCCUCGAAGCGGUUCGUAAGAGAGCUUCGUCACGGACGCCAUCCCCGCCGAGGAACCGAAGCACCCCGUCACCUCCGCCUUCGCCCGAUCACCGUUUCAAGUGUCGAUCAUGUCCCAAGUCGUUCGCCAAGAAGACACAUCUUCGCAUUCAUCGUCGGAUUCACAACGGACGCCAUGUUUAUUGCUGCCAAUACUGCCCGAUGGUCUUAGCUUGUUCGUCUCAGUUGAUCAGGCAUCGUCGCGUUCACACCGGAGAGCGGCCGUAUCGAUGUUCGUUCGACGGAUGUAAAAGAGACUUCACAUGCCGCAGCAGCCUCAACAGACACUACAAGAUGCAUUUCCCGGUGGCAGGCUUGAAAGGAUACGGGGAUUCUGACGUUUCCAGGGUAACGGGAGACUUUUGGUCGACUCCUCUCCUCGCCAACCCUCUGCGGGCCACUCCACCCGUAUUCUUUCCGGUGCCCGGGAGUGCCGCCAUGCCAAUCCCUGUCGAGAUACACGAACCCGACUUCAACAAGGCCAUCGCCUCCGUCAUCUGGGCUCGACAUCAUCGACAAAAAACCUCGAGCAUCUUUAACUGCCAUGUCUCGAACUGUCCCCUCUGCCAGGUUACAAGAGCUCCUGAUAGACCUUCGGUGGAGGGCAAGAGGAGGUCACAACCGCAACAGUUGAAGGCGCCUGGCGCUGAUCGACCCUCAGUAGUCAACUGGUUGAUACCGACGUCGAUGCCCACGCCGAGCUUCGUAUCAGAUCGUACGAGAGCUUCGUCACGGACGCCAUCCCCGACGAGGAAGCGAUUCGCCCCGUCACCGCCACCUUCGCCCGAUCACCGUUUUCAGUGUCCAUCAUGCCCCGAGUCGUUCGCCAAGAAGAUACAUCUUCGCAUUCAUCGCCGCGUUCAUAAUGGUCAUCCUGUUUACUGCUGCCAGGACUGCCCGAUGGUCUUAGCUUGUCCGUCUGACCUGAUCAGGCAUCGUCGCGUUCACACCGGAGAGCGGCCGUAUCGAUGUUCGUUCGAGGGAUGUGAAAAAGACUUCACACGCCGCAGCAGCCUCAACACACACUACAAGAUGCAUUUCCCGGUGGCUGACUUGAGUCUGAGAGGAUAGCCGCCUAGCUGACAAGUCUGUACUAUAGACUAUAUCAGAACACAUACAAAUUGCGAUGUCUACUACACUACUUCAAUUGUCGAACUCAUGAGGAUCAUUUCGUGCAAUUCAAGUUCUUAUUAGAUGAUGCUCCAUGUAUGGGCAGAAUAUUCAGUGUUUUAUGUUGCAAUAAUCUGAAUAAAUGCGUUUUUAAAUUAAAUCACUUUGAGCUUGUUUAUCUUGUGUUUUGUCUUAUUGUUUGUCGUAUUUAACACAAAUUGGGAGGAAAAGAAGAAAGAUGUCGAAGAAUGACACCUUAGAAAUAAACACGGUAC